GUUGUGUUGUCGCUUGGUGAUGACGUAGCAGGAAGUCUACCGGCGCCGUCGGGAUGUUUUAGUUGAGGAGAAAAGAUAACUUUAUUCAUGAAACUAUCCGCCGCGCUUGACAGGAACCACUUGGAGUGAUGCAAUCAUCAGUGCGACAGAUCUCCGUCUCCUCAGAGCUAGGCUCCUCCUACUUCCUGCGGGUGGACCGGGAUGAGCGGGGUUUGGCGUCAGGCUUCCAGCUGCUGCUGACUGAUGGACAAGAUGCUUGGAGAGGAGAAGUCAGCGAGGCGGUGACGUGCCAGGAGGCAGCCGAGCUGGAGAUGCCAGAGGAGAAGUACAUCCAGGACCUCCAGCAAGCGCUGACGCAGGCGGAAAGUUUCGACUCUUACCGUUUCAACCUCUCGCCAUCUCCGCCCAGUCAGGAAGCAGCCCUCACGCUGACGUACGACAAAGUUCUGAAGGACAUCUCGUUCAGGUUGGGCUCGGUCGCGCUGAGCCCGGUCCCAGACCCAGCGGAAGCUGUGAGAGGAAUGCUGACCCACAGUCUGGAGAGAGGAUCCGCUCUGAAGCACCAAAACCAGGACCUGGACGAGCAGAACCGACGACUGACAACAGAACAUCAACGCAUCGCUGCAGAACUAAAGCACUAUGCAGACGAGAAAGACGACUUGGAGGCGGAGCUUUACUCUCGAUUUGUCCUGGUCCUGAACGAGAAGAAAGCCAAGAUCCGCAGUCUACGCCAAACGAUCAAAGAGCUGCAGGAAGAGAGGAGUGGUGACGUGCACGAAAAGAAGGACCCGGUCAAACAUGACCAAGCGGCAGCUGAGGAGGAUGACGAAUAUGGUGGCAGCACCGAAGACGAAGAAGAGGACGAUCCCUCUACGCCGGCUGUCAUCUCUCCUUCUGAUGUGCAGUCCUCCUCUCCAAGCCCAUUGGACGACAGCCUGAUUGACAUCAUAGACGUGGCGCCCUGUCGCAAGCGCCGCUUCCGUCACCUCCAGACCUCUGACGCGGCAACCAAGCGACCUCAGACGCAGACGCAGAGCUCUCAGAAGACCAGCAAAAACGACUCCCUCGCGGCAGCAAAUCAGCAGCCAGGACCGGCACAGCGUCGCUCCGAUGUGUCAGCAGCAGCAGAAGACCUCUUUGAGGACUUCUGACUCCCAGGACCAGCUCUAUGUGGUGCUGUAGGGGAUGGUAGCA